UGUCAGAAGUCCGAGGAACCGCACAACGUAAGCAAUGCUACCCAGCUGGCUAACCACGGACUACCUGCAGCCCAGACUAAGGGCUUACUGCAAGGACGAGCAGCUGAAGGUCCUUGGAAUCUGGGCCAAGCCAGCGACGGGGAAAGGAGAGAACUUUGUGGGCGUGAUGACCCGCAUCUAUGUGGACUACCAGCUGGGCGACGGAUCGGUUCAGAAGAAGACCUACAUCGUGAAACAGGCUCUGCCCGAUAACGUUCCUCAGGCGGAGGUCUUCUUCGAGUAUGAGCUGUACACCCGGGAAAUGGACAUGUACGAGUUCGUCCUGCCGAAGCUGAAGGAGCUGCUGCAGCAAGCCGGCCUGGACGGAAAGCUAACAGCAGAUGCCAUCACCGUGGACCGUGGGCACAACACGAUGAUUCUGGAGGAUUUGGCGCCGUGCAAGUUCGUCAAUGCGGACCGGGUGAAGCAGCUGGACAUGGCGCACACCAAGCUGACCCUGGAAAUGCUGGCCAAGUUCCAUGCCGCCGCCAUUGUCCUGCAAGAACGCCACCCGAACCUGCUAACCAAGUGCUUCUACACCCACUUCUUUUCGCGCGACAAGAAGGCGUACUCCGAGGUCUUCGCCGGUUUGUUCCGGGCAUUCUUGAGAUUCAUAGAUGGCCAACCGAAUCUGAAGAAUGCCUAUGGCGACAAACUCCACCAGCUGCGCACCCACAUCAUGGAGUAUGGAGCCCGGGCCUACGACGUGAAUGCAAGUGAUUUGAGCACAUUGAACCAUGGCGACUGCUGGACCACCAACAUCAUGUUCCAGUACGAUGAUGCGGGCAAGCCUCGUUCAGUCGUAGCCAUAGAUUUUCAGUUCAGCAAUUGCACAUCGCCCGCCAUCGACUUGCACUACUUCUUCACCACUUCUCUAAGGGAAGAGGUUAGGGACAAGGAACCGGAGCUCGUCGAGCAUCACUAUAAAGCUUUGAGGGCGAACCUGGAAAGGUUCUCCUACAAGGGUUCCUUUCCCACUCUUCAGGAAUAUGUUCUCCAAUUCGAACGACGCCGAUUCAUGAGUCUUUUGGCCCACUUGUUCAAGCCUUGUAUGAUUUAUAAUGGAUCUGAAGAGACCUCAGACUUCUCGAGUCUGUAUGCGGAGAGCCCAGAUGGACUGCGCUACCAAAAGUCGGUUUAUGCCAGUGAGGCGGUGAUCAGGAGUGCAGCCAAGCUGCUGGCCACUCUGGAUGCCAAGGGGCUUUUGGAUCUGCACUAGCCUGUUUUUGUGUUAUUUAAUAUUAAAACCCUUGUAACUUCCCUUUUCUUAUUAGUAAAUAUUCGUUCAGUCAAGUUCUAAAUGGGCAUCGGAAUUGUGCGUUUAAAUAAAUGAAGAGUCCAAGUGGAUAGAUAGCCGAUACCCAAUAACUUUUAAUAGAGCACUUUAAUAAAUAAGCAU